AUUCAAAUAGAUCGUAACCACAAAACCAGAGACAAAAUCUUAUCAAAGAGUCGGCGCUGGUAUUUUCAUUAAAUUAUAAAUCAAAUUAAAAAAGCAUUUCCAAGUCACGUUUAUCUUUGUACUUAUUGAAUAGACAGAAAUCAAGAUGAACGCUUUAACCAGACGUCCUAUGGCAGGUGUUUUAAAUAAUAUUUUUAAAGCACACUUCUGCACAGCUAAACCAAACAUCACUGAAGACUUGACAAAAAUGGUAAAAAAGAGUAAAGUGGUGGUUUUUAUGAAAGGAGUACCAGAUCAACCCCGAUGCGGUUUUAGUAAUGCCGUUGUACAGAUUAUGAGAAUGCAUGGAGUACAAUAUGAUGCUCAUGAUGUUUUGAAAGAUGAAGUUUUACGUCAAGGUGUUAAAGAUUUUUCAAGCUGGCCAACAAUCCCACAAGUAUAUAUUAAUGGUGAAUUUGUUGGUGGUUGUGAUAUUCUCUUGCAAAUGCACCAGUCUGGUGAUCUGGUGGAAACUCUAGAAAAAGCAGGAAUUCGUAGUGCACUACUAGAUAAAGAUAAAGAAGCAGCUUCAGGAACCAAAGAAAAGAAGUAACUGGGAUGGGAAUAUAGUGAGAAUUUAAUUUACAUUCUUAUUUUUAUGUUUGUGCACUUGUAAAUUUAAUAUUAAAAUCUCAACAUGUUGGAUAUAAUUUACAAUGGAUUAAAUGUAAAGAGUAGAUAAAAAAAA